AUGUUGACAUAUCUUGUGAGAGAAUUUGGAUGCUGCGAAGAGCCUCGUACUCCAUGCAGAAUGGAAAGGAUUAUCAUCGACAAUUUCGCAGCCAUAUUGCGAGAGGCCAAGCUGAACAACCUCGAAAUUGAAGCAGAAGAAGAAACUAUCGUUGAGGAGAUGGGAGAUGACCCUUUGUGGACGGCAGAUGAUGGUGAAUGGGGAAGCAAAGGGGAAGGUUCCAUCAGAUGCGGUGAAAUUAAAGUUUCAGAGGAAAUGGUGUGUACCUAUUUUUUUCAAAUAUGA